UUUUUUUUUUUUCUAUCUUGGAACUGAGGUCAACUCGGAUGAACUUUUGGUCCCACAAAAUUCAUCGUGGAUAACCUAAACUUUACUCCAUAAUGUCACAGUCAAGUCUACAAAAUCCAAUGUCUUUAUUAAAACCAACUUCACCUACAACUCAGCCUACUCUUGAUUCUUCUUUCGCUAUAUCAUCACAACAUGCAACCUCAGGUGGAUCAAAUCAAGCAGUAACAAUAGCAAGUUCUCGUUCACGUGCAGGAAGUAUCAUUCGGUCUAUGGUAACUCCUUCUGCUAGUCCUUCCCCUUCUCGACGUCCUUCUUCUGCUACUCACACCAUGAUGGGAAAACGUAUGUCCAGUGUAUCUGAAGCCUUACAUCUCAAGUUAUCAGCAUUGACCUUACAACAAGAUGGUAAUCCUACUCUUGUUUCCCCUUAUGGUAAUCCAACUCCUCCUCAGCUCUCUCCUUAUCCAACAACAACUUUCACCAACGCGUCUACCACUUCAUUAUCUCAAGUAUCAGAAUCCAAUUGGGCUAAUAAAUAUGACGAUUUUGACAUUAAGGAUCCUAUAGGUUAUGGCUCCUCUGCUAUUGUUUAUAGUGCUAUCUACUUACCAAUGAAUAAACGUGUUGCCUUGAAAAUGAUUGAUCUUGAUAUGUUUGAACGCAAUCAAAUUGAUGAACUACGUAGGGAAACGGCUUUGAUGGCUUUGUCAAAACAUCCAAAUGUUCUCAAGGUAUAUGGCUCAUUCGUGAAUGGAUCAAAAUUAUAUAUUAUUACACCCUAUCUAUCGUUUGGAUCUUGUUUGGAUAUCAUGAAGACAAAGUUUCGUGAAGGAUUUGAUGAAUUUAGUAUUGCCACCAUUUUAAAACAAGCCCUAGAAGGAUUGGUUUAUUUGCAUAAGAACGGACAUAUUCAUCGGGAUGUCAAGGCUGGAAACUUAUUAAUGGAUGAUCAAGGUACUGUUCUAUUGGCUGACUUUGGUGUUUCUAGUUCUUUAUCUGAAAAAGGUGAUUUACGGAAAACUUUUGUUGGCACUCCUUGUUGGAUGGCGCCUGAAGUGAUGGAACAAGAAGGUUAUGACUUUAAGGCUGACAUUUGGAGUUUUGGUAUUACUGCUUUUGAACUUGCUACUGGUCAUGCUCCUUUUGCCAAAUACCCACCCAUGAAGGUUCUCAAACUGACACUCUCAAAUGCUCCUCCUACUCUGGAACACGUACAUACCAAAUAUAAAUACUCCAAGUUAUUCAAAGAAAUGAUUGAUCUUUGUUUGCAAAAGAACCCGGACUCUAGGCCAUCUGCAGAAAAGUUAUUACAACAUCCAUUUUUCAAACAAUGCAAGAAAAAAGAAUACCUGUGCAAAGCCAUUCUUAGUCAGGUGUUGCCUUUGGAUCAACGCCCACAUAAGACCUUACCUCAAAAGCGUGUCUCUAUUGAAUCAAGUGACCAAUGGGAUUUCGAUGAUACCCCUCUCCCAGAUGCCAACACUGUGAAGACUUUGCCUCACGAUAUCGAAAGACAGAUUCCAACAAGAACACCCAUAGAAACGACAACAGCUCCUCCUCAACAACCAACAAGACGACAUAUCACUUUUGGCGAUGUGAUAGUUCGUGAUAGAAGUAGUAGCACUAGUGUAACAAGAGCCGUCGAUAUUCCCCUUCAUCCGUCCUGUUUACCCGAUAUUGCCAACACUGCAGCUGCCACAACAAAAAAGUCAAGAUUCAUCAUCGAAGAUUCUGAUCAUGGUGCCACCACUGGAUCAACAACCUCCAUCAUGUUAUCUCAAGGAGGAAACACUACUUCAUCUGACGACCAUGACACAUCUAAAGAUAUCACCGGCACGAAACACCGUUACUCAUUGCAAUUGCCUGGCAUGGAAUGUGAUCGGAUACCACCGGAUUCAAUACUUGCAGCAUCAUCGGCUCGUCAUUUAACUGGUCAUUCGGAUUCGAUAUCAGGUCCUCUGAACAGAGUAGCAAGUUGUGAGAAUUUCUCUGAGAGGAAAUCAAGGUUUGAAGUGCAACAUAUUACAUCCAAUUCAACAGGAACGUCAACCACGUUUUUAGAACAACAUACGCCCAUCGACAUUUCUCGUGAAUCUUCUCGUUCUUCUUUACAGCCACAACCACAAAAACUUGGACGAUUUUCCGUGGAAAAGGCCACUGGAGAUGGUGGUAAUAGCAACAACAGCAGCAUGGUUAACAACGACAGUAACAACAAUAUCAACAGUAAAGAUGAUUCAAGAAAAGUGGGACGUUUUGAAUUGACUGGACGUUCAACAACAACAUCAUCAUCAUCAGAUAACGUUGUCAAUACUACGAUGGAUUCAAUUACAUUUACUCGUGAACAGAUUUACCCUCAAAUGGAACUUUUACUCAAGCAAACUGAUGCGCAAAAAGUCUUAUUACAAGAAGUAAUGACCCAACUUGGUUCUCAAUCCUAUUUACCAUGUCCUUCUCUCGGUAUCAAAAAUCGUACUGAUCCAUCUAAGCGGCAAAUCGAUUCAUUGGUUUCUCAAGAACACAAAAGAUCAUCAACAGAUUUACAAGACACCAUCGAUCAUUUACAACAGUUAUUAUCGGCGUCCAUGGAAGAACGCAGUAGAUUGAUGAAGGAAAAUGACGCUCUACGACGUGAAGUGGAACAACUACAAAGACAAACAGGCUCCUCUUCAUCCUAGUAUUAUGUUCGUUAGUUACCUUUUCUCAUUUUUUUUUUUUUUUUUUUACUUAUUGUGCCCAAAUGAGUGGUUUAUGUAUUUUUAUAGUUU